CAGCUCUAAAUGGAGGACGAACUGCGAGACAUGAAAGCACACAAAGCGUACUACAACAUGCUUCAUUUCGUUUCAGAAGCCCAACAGGGAAUUCCGAAGCUGUGCCCCUGUGGAUCUAUCACAAAGGAGUUCGUCGACGAAGAUGAUACGUAUGAUUACCUCCCGGGGAAAAGAUACUUCAUCUGCACAGACUACCAGAACGACGGGCUGCAUUUUAGGCAGCCAUGGGUAAUGGGUGUGCAACAAGAGAUUGAGAGGCUCAAACUAAAGUUUCUCGAGCAGGAGAAGCUCCUGCGCGAGUGCGAGGCGCUUAAGGUUCAGGUUAAGAUGCUUCUUGAGCGUGUGUGUGAGCUCGAGAGAGUCCGCUGAGGUUAGUGCUUUGAACCCUUUUAAUCAACAGUUAAAAAAAUUAGUUGGUACAUGUGUGUGUAACUAGGAUCGUCUGGUGUGUUUCCUUGUAGUUUGAAACCAAACUAGGAUAGUGGUGUGUGUUGUAGUUUGAAACCA